UUUCGGUUCGUUUCGGUGUUCGUUGUUUGUCGUUCGCAGCACCGUAGACAGACAUCAUUCGUUUGUUGCGUGCGUGCGUUUUGCUUGUUCCGCAGCCUAGCGCUUUAGUUAGCCACAGACGCCUAACUCGCUCGCUUUGGACGAUUUAUUUAGUAAAUAAAGUGUUAGAAGAAGCAUCUUUAUAAAAGACUUAUCACCAAGUUUCGAAUCGUGUGACGCUAGCCAUGUUUGUGCAUUUAAACUGUUUGGCAUACCUAAUUAUCCUGCAAUAGUGCAACAGGCUAUCAAAGAGCCAAGGGUCCGUGAAAUAAAGUAGAAAAUAUUGUGUUUCUAAGAUGCCAGAUUCGGAGUGUGAAUGUGACCUGGUGUCGAAGGAGUGGCUCCUAGCAAAACUCCGUUCGGACGAAAGAGAUACUGUUCUCAUAGAUUGUCGUGGAUCAAAUGAUUAUUCAAUAUCGCACAUACGUUCUGCCGUGAAUUUUUCCAUUCCUAGUAUAAUGUUGCGGCGAUUGGCCGCGGGAAAGAUAGAGUUAGCUUCUACAGUGCAGUGUAAGGAACUGAAGGCGAGGAUUAUGCAUUGUCACACUCGCGGAAUGUUUGUGCUGUAUGGUGAUGGGGCUUCCAGAGAUCCAGACUCCGUGCAUGGUAUCCUGUUGAAAAGGCUCAAACAAGAUGGUGUGCAGGUCGUCUGUCUUGAAGGCGAGUUUGCUGACUUCCACCGCGCCUAUCCAGAGUGGUGCAGCGAGGCGGGCGCGCAGCAUGUACCCCACCUCCCCCUCAUGGGACUACGGUCCCUCCGCAUCUCGGGCUCCGGCUGCGACGACGCGUUGUCUUCGGGAUCCUCAUCAGAGUGCGAGGAAGCCCACACGCACCAGCAGGAGUUCCCCAUCGAGAUCCUACCCAACCUGUACCUGGGCAACUCUACCAACAGUGAGGAUUGCGACGCGUUAGCCAGGCACAAUAUAAAGUACGUGCUUAACGUGACGCCGGACCUGCCGAACACGUUCGAGGCGCAGGGCUGCGGCAUCAACUACCUGAAGAUACCCAUCGCUGACCACUGGAGCCAGAAUCUGGCGGUACACUUCCCACAGGCCAUACGGUUUAUUGAGGAGGCGAUGUCAGCGCGUUGCGGCGUCCUAGUCCACUGCGUGGCCGGGGUUUCCCGCUCGGUCACCGUGACCCUGGCGUACCUCAUGCAGCAUCACCGUCUGUGUCUCCGGGACGCCUUCGAGCUCGUCCGCAGCCGCAAGGCGGACAUCGCGCCCAACUUCCACUUCCUGAGGCAGCUGCACGGCUUCGAGAGAGACCUGGGCCUCCACGAACGCAGCGCCAGUUUGAGUAAGGUGUUGGAGGAGCUGGGCGUGCAGGGUGUGAGUGAGGCGGCGGCGGACAAGAACGCGUGCGGCUGCGUGUCGGCGGCCAGCGGCGUGUCGCCCGACUCGGGCAUCGAGUUCGACCGCUGGUCGGCGCGCCGCGACACGCCGCAAUGACAGUUCUUCACGCCGCCGCACACGUGAGCCAACACGACGGAUUAGAUAACCUACAAAGUUAGCUGUCAAAACCGCCAUCUUGUUCGAAUAGAUUACCUACAAAGUUAGCUGUCAAAACCGCCAUCUUGUUGGAAUAGAUAACCUACAAAGUUAGCUGUCAAAACCGCCAUCUUGUUUUCUUUAAAACGAGUUGAAGUUAACUAGUUUGGUUGGUAGUCUCGAUCAUAAUGCGAAAUAGGACGACGUUACCACGGUAAUAAAAUUGCAAAACCAGUUAAAAAUAAUAUAUGUCAGAUGUCAGUAACCUUUUUCUUUUUUCAAAUUAGGCCAAGGCACAAUUUUUCUUUUAAUUGCCUUUUGUUAUUACAAAGAUUGAGGGGUUAGCUACGGAAAAAAAUUCAAGGUUAUUUCUUACUAAUUUGAGUGAUUUUUUCACGUAGGUUUUAUAUCCGUGGACAUUACUAUGCUCAUUUUGUAGUCGUCCCGUUUUAGCAUUGUGAUUAAACAUGGGUUAUAUGAAUUUGUAAAAUGAUUUAUCAAAAAUGCAUUUUGUGUUAUUUUAAUUGUGACAUGAUAACAACGAUAGGAUGUUUUGACAGUUAUUUUUUUUAAUUUAAUAAACUGUAUUUGUAGAUGACAUGCAUAUGAUAUUAGUGAAUACAUAUAUGUUUGUACCUAAAUACCCAGGAGAUUUAAAUGAAUCACAUUAUAUAACGGUUAUUUGGUAACGGAACGUAUGUCUGUAUACACAAACAUCGUAAAUUGUUGUACAAUAUUGGAAGGUGAUGAAAUGGAUUCCCACGGGAAUUUUCUCAUGUUCCAAGUAAUGUAGGUGGACAAACUAUUGCAGAAUUUUUUAAGUGAACAAAUAUUUUGGAUUCAGACUUGAGUUAUACGGAACGAACUGAGUAGGAAAUUAUUGGGUAUUCGAAAAUAUUUUUAAUAAGCUUUAAAAUCUCCAAUAAUAACCUACUUAAUUAGUAUUAUGAUUGCCAAAAAGGACGACCGCAAAAAAAAACUAAAUUCGUUUCUAAUUGGUCGUCGAUAGAGUACAAUUUAGCGUGUUAGAUGUGCAGGCGCAAUGUGAGAUGAUAAAUUGUUGAAUAUGCUAGUAACGGUGCGUUAAUGUAUGUAUAGUACAAGUCAUUAUUAAUGGUAAGUAGGCGUGUGCUCUGUCUAGCCCGUCGGUGGUUUAGACGUAAGAAAUUUUAUGUGUGCGCAAUUUUAGGCGAGCGUGUUAGGCGCGGUGUAGUGGCUAUAAAUUGGCCCCUUAGCGAACCGUAUGUCAUUUUAAUAAAAAAUGGCAAUAUAUGGAUUUAUUAAUACAAGUUGUUUUUUGUUGUUUGCUGUUCUUCGCUGAUAAAAUUAAAAAAAUCACAAGUAAAUUUAGUCGUUUUUUGUUGGCAACAUUUAGUUCUCUAUAAAAACAUUUAAAUUUGUCGAGUUUAGAUGUCAGACAGUUCGCUCAAGGGGCCGAACCAUCCAGUGAUGAUCGUUUCGCGCUAAGUAAACAAGUUUAGACGUACGCACGCUGCAAAUACCUUCACAUUUAUAUGAUAAGUCUUAGUUAGUGGUGCACCUGGAUUGGAAGGGCUGGAGAAUUUAGUGCCACAAUCACUUGCAUUCGGCAAUAUGAUACGAUCAACUCUUUUUCUCAUUAAUAAAAUGUGAAUAAUUAACCUGUGUGGUAAUUGGAAAGUCUGUGUAAUUUAAAGACAUGAUAUGGGAUGAAAAAAAAUUGAUAUUUUCGUGUUAUCGAAACUAUAUUUUUUUUAAUGAAAAUAACGAGUUGAACGUUAAAAUUGCCGUUUGUACAUUAAUCGUAAAUGCAACCAGAUUAGUGUGUAUAAAUAUAUACUUUAUACAUAUUCGUUAAGUCAAUUUUAUAAGUUUGAUAUUCAAAUAAAUAUAUAAGGCUUAGUAUAUAUAUAUAUAUAAAAAUAUGUACAUGGAUAUACAAAGAAUGCAUUCCCGAAUAAUAAAUAUAUCUUCCAUUACACUAUGCAUUUCUUAUCCAUUUGGAAUUAGUUUGGAAACUAUUUUUAUAUGAUAUAUUUUUUAUUUGUUUUGUGUUGUCUGAUGAUCGUUUUUUUUCCUCUGUGAGGACGAGUGGUUCAUGCUACAUUUAUACUAUUUAUAGUGAACGAUGAGGCGUCUGUUUGUCUGUUUCUGUUUCGUCGUUUCCGAGUCGGUAUAAAAUUAUAAGGGACAAAUUACACAAAUUGAGCUAGCCCUAAAGAGGUAAGAGGUAAUACAAAUGCUGUGUAGUCAUGCAGUAGAUUUGAUGGAGUCAAAGCGGGAUUGUUCGAAUUUAACAACGAUUUUUGAGCAAUCAACUUGAUAGAAUAUCAAUUUAAUUUGUGUUAAAAUUGGUCAUAAACUUUUAUACACUGAGUUGACUUUUAAAAUUUAUAGUUUGUUUUCUUAUAAAUAAAGAUAAACAUGAUGGUGGUCGCGUCAUUCAGCCAGCGGCAUUGUACCACAGAUACAAAAUAUUACCUUUAGUCUGGAUUUUUUAUUAAUGAGUGGAAAAUAACGGCACGGCAAAUUUAGACGAAGAUUUACAGACGACAUUAUCGUAUAUAGUUUUCAUAAAGAUUUCCAGUAACAGGGCUUCUGAUAAUUCUUCCAUUGUUGUUAUAGGUACAUUGUAAUCGCGAGUGAGUGCGCGGGAGUGUGUGAUAUGAUGUUUAUAGUUAGACGUGAUUUUCAUAUAUUUAGUAUGUGACGCGACGUUGAUAUCUAAUGACGUAGUUUGUAGUCGCAAAUGCAUUCAAAUUGACAAUAUAUGGUCGAAAAUAUAACUGAAACUAUUUUUAAAAUUAUGUUGAUAUAUGGAAGUAAAUGAUAGUUGGACGAUAAAGCCUUUUUCUUUUUCGAUUUCGUCCUUCUAUUUGGAAUGGAAUUGACAAAUGGGUCGUAACAUACUUAUAUCUACCUAUAUAAUUAACUGCAGCGAUUUUUGCCUACGACAAGAAUAUGUAAAGCUAAAAAAAUAGUUUCAGUUAAAGUUUUUGACAUCUUAAAUGCGAUUUAUUUUUCUAUUGUAUUUUCUGAAUGACUUCAAUGGGUUCCUACUAUAUAUUUAUUGCAAGGUUACUUCGUUAGUGGGCAGCGUCGCGCACGUUAAUAUAGUUAUAAUAAUGUAGUAGGUAUAGCAGAGAUUUGGUCGAUAUGAACUAUGAAAUUUUAUCGUGUAUUUUUGUAUGGAGUAUAAUUUAACCCAUAGUUGUCUUCCUAGUAGAAGAGGUGUAGCGGCCGCGGAGCCCGAGCAAACGAGUAAACAUAAUGUCUGUUUUGUCCAAAGAUUUUAGUGUACUGUUCAGAUUUAGUUGCAGUCACAGCAUUUUGUAUACAUUUGUAUUGUAUGUCUCGGGAUAAUACUAAUAUGUCAGACAUGUUUAGAUAAAUAAUAUCGACAAGAUAUAUAUAUAUAUAUCUAUUAAUAAAUAAUUGCGAAGUAAAUUUAUUCCAUAUACUUUUGUAAAUACGCGUCAGGCUUUAAAUAUUAAGUAUGUUAAUUAUGAGAAUAUGAAUUGUUACUGUACAAUUGUUGUAGGAAAUAGAAAAAAUAACGCUAUUCGAAGUAAUUUCCAAGCCAACUUACAAAAUGUCCAUAUGGCUGUAGCUGAUUUAUAUUGUUGCAUUUUUAAUAUGUUAUAUGUUUGUACGCGAGCAAAUCGAUCAGUUAUUGCAUAAUAGUUGGCAGUGUUGAAGCCGCUGGGAUGUAUCAAAACGUAUGUAAUAAUGAAAGAAAAUUAUGUCUAGAUUUCAUAGUGUGCAUCUCUUUAAAGUGUUCAAUUUGUUAAAUUAUUUAAAACUUGUUAAAACAUGUAAUACUUUUUGUCUGAAGAAUAUUACAUUUAUUGGCUCCUGUAUUCAAUUGAACGACAAUAUUUUCAAAAUUAUCUAUUAAAUUAAAUUACUUAUUCGAUGUUGCACGAACACUAACGAUUUUGUUAAUCGAUUUUAUAAACGAACAUUCGAGAGUGGUGCAGACCACUUUAGGAACGUCUCUGGAAAAUGUAAAUGUAAAUUGUACACUUCCGUUGCACUUAAAUUUUUUAUAUUUCUAGGCGUAAAUUAAUGUAAUUUUAGAGCACAAACGCUACGCCUGCGGGCGUGAGUUAUUCACUUAAUAACCUUAACGUGUAUAUAUUAUUGUAACAGUUCUAUUUAAGUGUAACAUGUUAACCGACAAUGUUAAUGAUGAUCUAGAAUCUUUUUAGUGCUUUUCCUAAAGGUACCUAAAGGCCACAUGGCACACGUAAUUAUUAACCUCAAAACAAAAUAUAAACACUGUUAAUUGA